CAACAAUGUAUAAUGAAGACUCUUAUUCUGGCCUGCUUCCAAGUAACAAUUUUUAAUAGCUAAGGGAUGGGAAUGAGAUCAUAAACACGAGCAGUAGAAGAAGGAAAACAAGAAGAAAGGAGAAAGGGUUUGGAGUUCGGUGCUUGGUGCUUUACAAAUUUGUGAAAUUAUUUUGUGAUUUAGCAUGUCUGGAGAAGAGGAAGAAAACGCUUCUGAGCUCAAAAUUGGAGAUGAGUUUUUGAAGGCCAAGUGCUUGAUGAACUGUGAAGUAGCAUUAAUUCUUGAACAUAAAUAUGAACAGCUUCAGCAGAUGUCAGACGAUCCAAUGAACCAAGUCUCUCAGGUAUUUGAGAAGUCCCUGCAGUACGUGAAGCGCUUCAGCCGAUAUAAAAAUCCUGAUGCUGUCAGACAAGUUCGAGAAAUUCUUAGCCGAUACCAAUUGGCUGAAUUUGAGCUAUGUGUUCUUGGCAAUCUUUGCCCUGAAACUGUGGAGGAAGCUAUUGCUAUGGUUCCUUCUAUCAAGACAAAAGGACGGGCUCAUGAUGAUGAGGCAAUUGAAAAAAUGCUGAAUGAUCUGUCAUUGAUCAAGAAAUUUGAAUAGCAGCUACAAUAUCUUAUUUUGAUGGGAAUUCAUGAUGCGUUCAUGGAGAGAUGUUUAACAGCAUCUAAAUCUAAAAAUCAAGCAUACCAAAUGAUUCGUACAUCCAUUGGUAUGACUAUGGAAUCAUGUAUGAAUUAUAAGUUCUGAUACUAUUGCAGAAAGAAAAUGAUAUUAGUUAGUAAUUUUAGAAAUGUGCUGAGGUUGUAUUUAUUUCUUUUUGUAUUUUCUUUAUCGUUGUUUUAUGAUGUAUGAUAAUAACAGAGUCGAUUUCGAUUGCAUCAGAUAUUUUCACAAA